AUAAAUUUUGGCGGUUAAUCAUGAAUCUCAACGUUCGUUCGCAGAAUUGUAAUUUUCCAUUUACAUCUUUACCCACCCUUGUGGUUCACCACAUUGCUCAGUAUCUCAACCGACGUGAUCGUCAAAACAUGGCGCAAGUGAACAGAUAUUUACGGAAAGUGUUCAACUCUCCUCGACUAUGGAAAGACGUCAAAAUACGUAUACCUGAUAAGAGAAUCGAUCCACAGGCUUUGGAGAGCCUUAGAGUAAGAGGUGUAACAGACUUAGAUGUGUGUAACGUUAAUUUUGAACUUCAAAGCACGACACUACAACAUCGUCUCGAGAGACUUUCCCUUUCCGUAACAAGGUCAGCCACCCUCGAAGUUCUUUCCAAGGCUGCGUCAAGUGGUCAUCUUUGUAAUCUGAAGAGCCUGGCAUUUGGAGAUUUAGACGUCAUCAUAGGCCGUAAGUCGAGGAUAACUUUUCUGAGCCUGUUUAAAAGCUUGCCGAUGAUGGAAGAAGUGAGCUUUGGGCACGACUCAAGUUUUACUGCGCGUCAGGAAAUCUGUGUGCCUUUAACAGACGAGACUAUACUGGCAGUUGACCUCAAGGAGGCGUUAUGUUACUCUGGAAAAUUGACAAGCAUCUCACUAUUGUGUUUUGAGAAAGUGGGGAAGUCUUGGCUCAACACAGUGAUGAUUAAUAAUCCUCAUAUGCAGUCUUUAUCCCUUCGUCGCAUUAAACAUUUUGCUGAGGAAGGAUCUGAUGAUGCAGCUGAUCCUACAGUGUGUUCUAGCUUAAGAACAUUUCAGUUGACCAUGCCUAUCCUUGCCAAGUUUUCUUGGUACAGUGAAGCAGCCAACAAAUUACUAUCAUGGGCUUUUCCUGGUAACAAACCGAAUGAAAAUGUUACAAGUUUGGAGCUGAGCACCUACAUGUACCUUGUCUCCUGUGAAUCUGCGAUCUUUCCACUGCAUAAGAAAUUCCCGGCUUUGAAGAAACUGAUUUUGACCGACUCCAUACUACUACAGGGCUACUCUCUGCAAAGCUUCCCAAGUUUUCAAAACUUGGAAUGGCUUGAAAUAAAGCAUACCACCAUAAGGGGAAAUGGAUUAUUGUUUUUUUCUGAAAGGGUGGGUAAGACUCUGUGUUACUUGGGCUUGCCAAGGCAGCGUCUGAUUAGAGACUAUCAUUUGAGAGACUUGGCAGGUAUGUUUCCUGUUUUGAGAACUCUUGAUCUCAGUCAAUGCACGUGUAUAACUGAUGCCAUACUUGUUGAGUGGUAUAUCAAACACGAUAAAAGUGAGUGGCCACAGUUGAGAAAACUUGUGUUGAAAGGUUGCCAGGGAAUCACGCAAGAGGUGGUCAACUCUGUGCGGUUGAAAACAAGAAAUCGCCUUCUGAUUGAUUUGUGAAUUCUGACAUUGCUUAAUAUCAACCUCGUCAAUAGAAAUGAGUGUUAAAAUAGAAAAUAUGUACUGGUUAAUUUAAAUGUGGCCCAUAAAAGCCCGAGGAGUAACACACAGUAAUUACAUAGUGAUAAAUAUUUGUCACUUACCAUGAUGUUCCCUCAAAUAAUAGUUGUCCCCUGAUUUAUCUGCCCCCCCCCCCAACCUUAAAGAUUUGAAUCAAUAGUACUUCUCAAAAAAAAAAAUCAUUAUUUUUCUUUCACCACCCCAAUCAAAUUCCUCUACCUCUCUCAUAUUUUCUCAUUCCCCAUGAAGUUACACCUGUCCUUGGAAUGGAUAAGAAACAAGCAGUGCAGCAUUUAGACUGAUAACUUGUAUCACUCAAGCUCCAGAUCAAUGGCAAGGAAGGCAUUGACAUUAAGAAAUUAGGAAAAGAAACAAAGGUUGACAACACAUAGAUCUCAUUUCAAUGUUAACUCACUUUUACUUGAUGUAAUUAUUUUGGGAAUAAAUGGGAUAUGUACAGUGAAACAAAAUAGUUAUGGCGCCAUUUCAGUGAGCAGUAUUUAAAAUUAAUUCAGCACCGGAUAAUUGUCUCUAUAUGAAUAUCGCACAAAUGGCAAGAUUUUGUAAUUUCUAGCCAGCUUCGCUUGACUUAUUGUGAAUUUUUAUUGAGAGAAGAUAAAAGCUAUUCAACUUAUAAACAGCUCACAUGAUUGUUCA